GUUGAGAAGACCCAACUGAAGCCCAUAAAUGUAUCCGUACGAGUAUAAACUGCAUCCACAGCUAGCUACCGUCGAAAUUUCUGAACCACAACCUUGACAAAGGAAUAUGACGCCGCCGUUGCAAAGAGAUCGGAGAGAGUUUCUUGGUGAGCAAAGGGAUUAUUGGCGUAGUGUUGCCGAAACCGAUGGUUUCGAUGUCGAGGAUCUUGUAGUACCCAGAAACGGUGGACUGUGGUUUCACAACUGUCAACACCCACGGUUUAGGCUUACUUUUUGUGUGCCUAAGUUUUAUGCUAUGGUGGGGAUUCAUCGUUACAAUAUGCUCAAGGGGACAAACUUCCAGUACCUUGACUUAUUGAAAUACAACGACACAAUGAACUGUGUACGCUCUUACUUCAUAACUUCGGUUGCAAGAGAUCCUUCUGCCCAAUUGCAGAAAACCUUUCAGCUUCGCGUUGAUGAAAAAAGUUAUGGAAAAUUGGAUUUGACUGUCACUAUUGCUAGACCUAAAGAUGAAGAGAAAGUGACCACCACAAAGAAGCGUUUCAUGCCUCACUUUUAUGAUGAAGCAGCUGCGGAUGCUUUCUACCAAGGUGCAUUGCCUGAUUGGCCCUCAGUUGAUGAUUUUAAUAAUCAAAAACGAUUUUACCUGGUGAAUGAAUCAGAGUUGCUAGCCAAUGACUGGAUUCGUUUGUAUUUGGAACUUGCAGUUUGUGUAGAUGAUGAGUCGACUAUAGAGGGGGGAUCUUUCCAAGUUGCAUAUUCUGAAAGUGGCAAUAGAAACCAAGGAAGAAGAUGUGCAGCCGCCAAAUGCAAGACUCAAGUCCAAAAGUGCAAUUGUCUACAUAACGUUUAAGGGGUUGGCCAAGGCUCCUGUUGGUGAUGAGAUUGGUGAACAUGUUGAACGCAAUGCUAUAGUUAGAAGAGUCCUCGGUGAGCGUUCAGGAUACUUGACUCUCCUAGGUGGGUUUUCGAUUGGAGAAAAGGCUUCGAAUGCUGAGCAACCUACAAGUAAAGAAGAAGCUUUGGACAAUGAGCAAAGUUCUGAAAAGCGUCCUCGCUUAAACUAAAUUAUUCUGUUACGUGGAUUUGUUUCUGUGUUGUUUUUUUAGUGCACCGUUUCUCAACACAGAGUAAUUAUUUAUGGACAUUCUUAUUGGUUUUCACUUCUCUAAUAA